GCCGCCUCACAACCGCAACCACAGAGAAACCAGGUAACCUCUCGAACAACAAACCUCCAUCCACACCAAGCAUACGAAAUGGCUCUCAAGCGCAUCAACAAGGAACUCGCUGACCUCGGACGCGACCCCCCCUCCUCCUGCUCUGCCGGUCCCAUCGGGGAUGACCUCUUCCACUGGCAAGCAACCAUUAUGGGCCCCGGUGACUCUCCCUACUCCGGCGGUGUCUUCUUCCUCGCCAUCCACUUCCCUACCGAUUACCCCUUCAAGCCUCCUAAGGUUAACUUCACGACGAGGAUUUAUCACCCGAAUAUUAACUCGAAUGGAUCUAUCUGUUUGGAUAUUUUGAGGGAUCAGUGGAGUCCGGCGUUGACGAUUUCUAAAGUCCUUCUCUCUAUCUGCUCUAUGCUCACAGAUCCCAACCCUGACGACCCUCUCGUCCCCGAAAUCGCACACGUCUACAAAACCGAUCGGGCGAGGUACGAGGAUGGUGGAGAAGAGCGAAGAAUUGCGUAUGUCUGCGACAGAAUGUGAUUCUCUUGCUAUACCUUGAACGUUGUGUCUUGUGCUCCGUGUUUGCGGUGGGGUCAAUGUUGUGCGAUUCCCUAUCCUAUGAAAUGUCCUUCGAAAAUAACCAUAUAAAAA